AAAGAAAUUCAGCAUGACUUUUUUCAGUAUGAAAUUUGCUUUUAACGAAUUUGAUAUGAAUGACUUUGAAUCUCAUUGGCUACAUAAAAUCGGCGAAAAACAUCGCAUGGUGUCUAAAAAUCAUAAGCCGCAAAAGAAAUUAAAAUGUUGUCACAUUCAUCAUUGCUAUGCAUAAUCGUUGUGUUCGUCUCCUAAAUGACCUUCAAUCGAUUGUUCUCGCACUCGUCUCGUCUCAACGUGUACUUUCUUGUUGCGACGGUUUGAGCACACCAAACAUACCGGCCUAUGAUUUGUGUACGGUUUUGCCGUUAAGCAAUGGCUAGCGAAAGUGAACAAAGAAAUGACGAAAUCACCAAGCAUUUGUUGAACCUCACACGGUGUGUGCUCAACUCAAAUGGCAAAAAAUCUCCCUACUCCUCGGUGUGUCGAUGUGAUAACGGUGAAAUGGUGCACAAAAUUCUCCGAGCCGAAUGUGAUGAGAGCAUCGAAUGAGGUGCGACACAGCACAAUCUGAAACUGAAAUCGCAUUCACAUUUUAGUAUUUCGAUCCGAUACUUGUUUUAUUAACCGAAUAAGAAUAUUCAGAACAAUUCUUUUUUUUGUAAAUUUAUAUUUUUUUUUAGAAGAAAUCAACUCAGCUGCCAUUUUCUUUUCAUUUUUUUUUUUAUUAUCUUGAUAUCUCGUCGUAAUUACGUGCAUUUUAUAGUUCUAAAUAUCUUUUGUUUUGUAGAUAAUACAAAAACUUUCGAUAGUAAAUUUUCUUUGAAAAAAAAAACAACAACCAUACAACGAAAUCAUCAAAUCACUUCAUAUAAAAAUUGUAUUCACGCCAAUUGGAAACAUAAAAAAAAACAAGAAAACCGUUUUCGACACGACAUUAUUCAAUUUUUUUUUUGAAAGCGAUUUUUUUUUCUAUCUCUCUACUUCUUCGUUACGUUAUUAUUUGAAAUAAACGAACUAAGAACUUUUUUUUUUGCUAACGCAAUGAGUGCUUUGUUGAAAAAUUUGCACGUGCAUUUCGAUGACGAUGUAUUGUCCGAAUCGGCAACGAAAUCGAUUAUGGACGAUGAAUUGGCGGGCGAACGGAACGGUGUCAUUUUGCCAACACCACCAAUGAUGCUAAAUUAUUCACGUGAAAAAUUGCUGGAAUUUGGCCUGAGCAAAGCAUCGAAAGAGCCACCGAAAAUGUUUGAUCUCAGCGGUGCUGACGACAAACGUAUGGAAAAAAUCCGAUAUGUGCUAAAGAAUAACGAUAUUUGGAAAUCACGGAAAAAUGGCGCGACCGACGGAACGGUUGUAUUGAAAGGUGGCGUUGCUGAGAACAAUGCAACACAGAAAGAUCAAGCGCGUACCAAUUUCCAGCAAAUGAUUUCGGCCGCUGUUUCGAAUGCACAACAACAAAAUGUUGAAUAUGCAGCGGCAACGGCGGCAACAUCGGCGGCGGCAACAAAUCAUCGACGACGCAUCGGUAGCGGUCGCAUACCAGACCAAAAUUUUACCGCACCAGACAAUGCCUAUGCAAUCGGAAUGGAUGUCCGUUAUAUGCGUAAUAAAUUGUUUAAGGAGGAUGGAAAAGUGGUGAAAAAUUGGAAAUCGGGCAACGAUUUGCACUGGAACUUCUCGCAAAUGGCAAAACAAGCAUCCGAUUUUGACAACGCUGACGCCAAAUCCGAUGAACCAGAAUGGGCAAAUUGCGGUCCAAUAUCAAAACAUGACAUCAUUGAAUUGCAUGGUUUCGAUGGGCCGGAAGAGGAUGAUACGUCGAAAAGUGAAAAUGAUCCAACACCGCCACCGCAACGCAACAGUACGCCGUCGAAGAGUUCACAGAAAAAAACCGUUAAGGAUGACCACUUCAAUUUUGAAGAUUUUCUCAAACUCGAUCUACCGCCAUCGGUAAACUGUUCGCGUGAUCUGGGCGCUGGUGAAUCACGAUUCUCGCAAUGGUUUGGUCGCGAUAAAUUAUCGCAUUCGAAUGGUAAAUUUGCUGGCAAUGCAUACGAAGGUAAAACAACACAACAAUUCUUUGACUAUCAUCAAAAAUCCAAUCAAAAGAAGAUGAACGCACCGAACAAACUGCGCAGUGUCAACGAAUUGGAGGCUGAUUGGUGUCCACCGCAAACGUUGCAUCAAGCGAAAGUCAAAGAGCAAAAGCCGCAACCGACUCAAGCAGCUCCGCAGCCAGACAUCAAUGCGAUCCGGAUGAUGCUCAAUCAAUUGGCCGCCGCAACCGUUUCGCCGGCACAACGUUCAAUGAACUCGGCCCAAUCAAACUUUUUGCUCAGUUUGAUUAACAAAGGUGCCGAGAACUUGUAUCAGUAUCGGUUGUCACAAAAUGCCAUCAUGGAACGGCCCGAUGCACAACUGAUGCUACAUCGUUUGGUCAAUGGUGAACUCACGCAGUUCCACAUACUGCAACAGAUCAACAAUCCCAACAUUCAUCAGCGUGAUCGCGACACUCUGUUGGCCGUGUUUGCAUUUUGGAAUGAAAACCAACAGCGUUUGGUUCAACAGCAGAAGCAAACGCAUUUGUACAAGGAACAAAUGAGCCAACAGUUGCGCCAGUUGCAAAUGAUUCAGAUGAAAAAUGGUGGUUACAUGCAAUCACCAACGCCACAGGAGCUACAGAUUCACACGCAAAACAUUAUGCAGAAUGCCAUGUACAAGAAACAAUUCGAGGAUCAAUACCGCAAUUUGCAAAAUUUGAAAAUUGGCAACCAGACAAAGUUCCAAUCGUACAAACCGAACAACAACUUCAUGUCCAAUCAGCCGUACAACAACAAUCGCUUCAAUUAUAAGCAGCAGCAGCAGCAGAAGCAAACUCAAUUCGGCCAAAAUGGGUUGCAGUUCAUUCAGUCGCAGAAUAAAUCGUUAUGGAAUCGCCAAAAUCAGACCAAUGCCACUGGCAAUUUUCCAUUCAUGAAUGGUUCGAGCAGUGGCGGUAUGCGCAACACCAACGAUCUAUUCGAUGCAACAAUGCCAUCGUUCGCAAAGUUCGAUUCACCAACCAUGGGCGGUGACAAAAUGUCAAUCACCGUUGAAAAGUAACUUCAUUGUCCGGUUGUCGCGCACACCGCAUUGAUGCAAUUGAAUCAUCAUCCAUUUUUUUCUUCUUCAAAAAUCCAUUUUCAAUUACAUUUUAAAUACCUUUUUUUCAUUCUAUUACUAGCAAUUUAUUAUACUUAUAUUACGUUUUCGCUAUAAAAACAAAAUGGGCAAAUUCCAUUCGAAACUGAGUCAAAAUAAUCCAUGUAUCAUCCAAGAGGAUGCAAUGUAAACAACAAAAAAGAAACAACAACAAAAGAACAAA